AUGGAUCUCGCUGACGCUCUCACCGGUUGUCCCGGCCACCAGGGGAAUGGCAUGUGGCCUGCUCAGCCCUGCCCUCAGCCGGGGCAGCCGUGCUGGCCGUGCCCCCCCAACCCCAACUACCCCAACUACCCCCCGACCGCCUGGCCUGCCCCCACCCAGCCCGCUCAGCCCACCUGGCCCAUGCCACAUCCCCAGCAGCAGCCCACCGCACCCACCCAGCCGGCCCAGCCUGCCUGGCCCAUGCCACCUCCAGCCCAGCCCAGGUACAUCCCCGGCGGGGCAUCCACCUCUGGCUGGCCUAUUAACCCCGGACAGCCCGGCUGGCCCGGUCAGCCAGCGCCGGUACCGGUGCCAGUGUGGCCUGGACCCACACCAGUUGGUCCAGUGGGAGUCCCAUACAACCUGAACUUCCCCAGAGGAGUCUAUGACAAGCUGAUGCUCACCAUCACAGGGCAGGUGAAGCCCAUGGCCAAGAUGUUCACGGUGAACUUUCUGCGUGGGAACGACAUCGCGCUGCACAUCAACCCGCGCUUCAACGAGGGGGGCAAGCAGAUCCUGGUCAGGAACCACCGGCAGGGGGAGCGCUGGGGGCGGGAGGAGCGCAACAUCCAGGGGCCCUUCCCCUUCGCCCCUGGCCAGCCCUUUGAGAUGAAAAUCCUGGUCACGUAUAACGAGUUCAAAGUGGCGGUGAACGGAGCGCAGGUGUUUGAGUUCAAGCACCGCAUUCGAGAGCUCAACCAGAUCGAUCGCCUGAACAUCCUACAAGACAUCAACCUCACGUCCAUCAACCUCAACACCAUGCCCUGAGAGCCGACCGAGCUCUCAAACGCAGCAUUUUAUUUCACUGUUUGCAAGCCUUGCACUGACCAAAUCAAUGUUAGGAUAUAGUUCAUGUGUGCAUUUUGAUACUGCAUAGUUAAGUAGAACAGUUCAGUAGUAAGACAUUUGGAUAGAAGUGUUCUUGUGCCGUACCGUAUGUCAUCUCCAUCAGCAUUCUAGCAUCUAUUGUUUUUUGAAUGGCAACACUUGUUAGCAGUAUCAGUGAGAGCCUUGUUGGUGUUUACUUUAUAGAGAUAAGCUUGUUGGUUUUUACGGUACACUAUAGUUUGAAUCAUCAUACCAUACUUAUAUAUGUUCUGUAAAACAGCCUAAGUUUCACAGUUUUGUUUCACAUAAUUCCAAUGCGUAAGUAUUGUA